UAUCUUCAAAAGCGACACUUCAAAAUUCAAACAGCUCCACAAUGCAACUGACCACAAGUCCCUCUACCAAAACGAAAUUGGCCAAGAAAACCCAAAUAAUGAGUUGGAUGAAUCUCCUUUCCAAACUCUAUUUCCUCGAGUAAUUUCGAAGUUGGUGUACACCAGAUCACCAGAAUAGUAGUGUAUAACUGUAGGAGAAAGGGUGCUAAACCUUUGUUUCUUGUCUACGGCGGUAUAAUGUAGAAGUUGAAGAAUCAGUUACUGAGUGGACCCCGCAACCCACCCACCGCCUCUGACCCGGCCCUCAUUUUCCCGCGUUUUACCAAACCAAUACCUUUCCCCUCCCCCAACUCCACCUUCUUUCUCCCUACUACCGCUCUCUCCUAUUCCUUCCUUGCACAACCCACCCAACCAAACCCAUCAAUUUACUCUUCCCACCCAACCGCCACCAUGCCCCUCCCCCUCCUCCCCCUCCUCCUCCUCCUGUCCCUCCUCCCCAUCUCUCUUUCCCAACCCAAAGGUACUUUGAUCAACUGCGGCGCAGUGGUCGAAUCCAAAAUUGACGGCCGCGAAUGGCUCCCCGACUCCGGCUUCGUCUCCGGCGGUGGAACCCCGAAAACGCUGAACAUUUCAGGCCUGGUCCCUAUCCUGACCACCCUCCGAUCGUUCCCGAACAUUGCCGGCCGGAAGUACUGCUACAACGUCCAGGUCUACCGCAACGCCAAGUACAUGGUCCGGACCACUUACUACUACGGCGGAAUCAACGGCCCGAGCUCGCCGCCGGUGUUCGACCAGAUCAUCGACGGCACCUUCUGGGCCGUCGUCAACACCACCGAGGACUACGUCAACGGCAUGUCGUCUUAUUACGAGGGGGUGUUUCUCGCGCAGGGUAAGACCAUGAGCGUGUGCGUCGGGGCGAAUACGUAUACGGACUCCGACCCGUUUAUAUCCGCUUUGGAGUUUGUGAUUCUCCAGGACUCGCUGUACAACUCUACGGAUUUCAAGUCCAAUGGACUCAGCUUGGUCGCAAGGCACGGCUUUGGGUACAAUGGACCCAUCAUUAGAUACCCAGAUGAUCAGUUUGAUCGAUUCUGGGAGCCAUUUGGAGAAACCAUUAAUGACUCAAGCAAUGCAAAUGUAUCUGUUUCGGGGUUAUGGAACUUGCCCCCUUUGAAGGUUUUCGAAAGCGAGCUGACGACUAACCAGUCCCAACCGAUCGAGUUGAAUUGGCCUCCAAAGCCGGUUCAGGAUGCAAACUACUACAUUGCACUGUACUUUGCGGAUUCAAGGGAUAGAGUUUUCAGCAUAUUCAUUAAUAGUGUGCCAUAUUACAAAGAUUUGAAUGUGACAGAAGCAGGGCUUGUGGUCUAUGCCACCAAGUGGCCUCUUGGUGGUACUACAAAUAUUACUUUGACCCCUUCUUCUGGGUCAGUACUUGGUCCUUCGAUUAAUGCUGGCGAGGCUUUUCAGGUGUUGCCCCUCGGAGGAAGUACUCUUACUCGAGAUGUUAUUGCUUUGGAAAGAGUAAAAGAGAGUCUUGAGAACCCUCCGCCUAACUGGAAUGGUGAUCCCUGUCUUCCCCGUCAGUACACGUGGACAGGCAUUACAUGCUCUGGAAUUCGUGUGGUCUCUUUAAAUCUAACAAAUAUGGGCCUGUCUGGUUCACUGUCACCGAAUAUUGCCAAUAUGACUGCAUUGUCUGACAUCUGGCUUGGGAAUAACAAUUUGUCGGGACCUAUUCCUGAUCUCAGUUCAUUGAAGAUACUGGAAACACUGCAUUUGGAAGACAAUCAAUUCAGUGGAGCUAUUCCCUCAUCGCUUGGGAACAUUGAUAGCUUGCGUGAACUCUUUUUACAAAACAAUAAUCUCACUGGUCAAGUUCCUAACAGCCUUACUGGAAAGUCUGGGUUGAAUCUAAGGAUUUCUCCAGGAAAUUCUUUUUCAGCACCCCCACCUUCUUGAACAGCUAGUAUUGUGCCUGCAUUUUUUCGAGAAACUUGCUCUGAACCUUCAAGCAUAUCUAUGCAUAAAGAGCUUGCAAAAGUUUAAGUUGGAAAUUGACCCUUGUAAGCUCCUUAAUCCUAGAGUCCAGUUCUCAUGCUUUAGCUUUUUUUUUUUUGUUAGUUUUCAUAGGAAUCAAGGUCUUCAAUGAAAUGCAAGAACCUACAGUUUUAUCAUCGAUUGUUCAUGUACUGAGUCAGUGACUCGCUUCUAUUUGUUGAUUUAUUGGCAUAGGUGGUUGAUGCUCUUGGUUUGUGUAUCACUUGUCUUGUCCAUAUUAAAUUUUGUAAUACACAAAUUUUUUCAAAUGUACACUAUGAAUUGUUGUUUGUUAUA